UUUCCAAACAGUUUCCACUUCCACUACCAUGUCGGUUCAGCCGCGCAGCCGGGCUGCUCCGUCCUCGACGAGGCCUUCCAACGCUACCGUCACCUGCUCUUUGGGACCGGGCCCUGGCCUUCCCCGGACGACACAACAAAAAUUUGUUGAAUGACUACCGUGUGUCAGGCACUGGGAAUACAAAGACACUGAGAUUGGUCCCUGCUGUUGAGGAGCUCACAGCCUCGCGCUAGGAAGACAUCAUAUGUUGGAGAAGAAUAUGUUGGUUCUCUUUGUUGUUACCCCUGGAUGUGACCAGCUCCCUAGUUUGGAUUCUGUGGAAAAUUACACCCUGACUGUAAAUGAUGACCAGUGUUUCCUCCUCUCUGAGACUGUCUGGGGAGCUCUCCGAGGUCUGGAGACUUUUAGCCAACUUAUUUGGAGAUCUCCUGAGGGCACGUUCUUUGUCAACAAGACGGACAUUGUGGACUUUCCCCGCUUCCCUCACCGGGGCUUGCUGUUGGAUACAUCUCGCCAUUACCUGCCGCUGACUACCAUUCUAGAUACUCUGGAUGUCAUGGCAUAUAAUAAAUUCAACGUGUUCCACUGGCAUGUAGUAGAUGACUCUUCCUUUCCAUACGAGAGCCUUACUUUUCCAGAUCUCACCAGAAAGGGGUCCUACAACCCUGUCACCCAUAUCUACACAGAACAGGAUGUGAAGGAGGUGAUUGGAUACGCACGGCUUCGGGGUAUCCGUGUGCUGGUAGAAUUUGACACUCCUGGCCACACUUUGUCCUGGGGACCAGGUGUCCCUGAAUUAUUGACUCCUUGCUACUCCGGCUCUCAUCCCUCUGGCACCUUUGGACCUGUGAAUCCUAUUCUCAACACUACCUAUGAGUUCAUGAGGACAUUUUUCUUGGAGAUCAGUUCUGUCUUCCCGGAUUUUUAUCUUCACCUUGGAGGAGAUGAGGUUGAUUUCACCUGCUGGAAGUCCAAUCCAGAUAUCCGGGCCUUUAUGAAGAAGAAAGGCUUUGGUGACGACUUCAAGCAGCUGGAGUCCUUCUACAUCCAAAAGCUGUUGGACAUCGUUUCUGCCUAUGGCAAGGGCUACGUGGUGUGGCAGGAGGUGUUUGAUAAUAAAGUAAAGGUUCGGCCAGACACAAUCAUACAGGUGUGGCGAGAAGAGACACCGGUAGGCUAUUUGAAGGAGCUGGAACAGAUUACCCAGGCUGGCUUCCGAGCCUUACUUUCUGCCCCCUGGUACCUGAAUCGCAUAAGUUACGGCCCUGAUUGGAAGGAAGUCUACAUGGUAGAGCCCCUGGCAUUUGAAGGUAGCUCUGAGCAGAAGUCCCUGGUGAUUGGUGGAGAGGCCUGUAUGUGGGGCGAGUAUGUGGACAGCACAAACCUGGUCCCCAGGCUCUGGCCCAGAGCAGGGGCUGUUGCCGAGCGGCUGUGGAGCAACAGGAUUGUGACUGAUCUGGAGUUUGCCUUCAAACGCUUGACACAUUUCCGCUGUGAGCUGCUGAGGCGAGGUGUCCGGGCUCAACCCCUCAGCAUAGGCUACUGUGAACAGGAGUUUGAAGAGACCUGAGUAAGCAACCCCAGGCACCAAGGAGGGUGCUGGCCCUAGGAGAGUGGUAGUGGGGCCAGGCUUCCACUGCAUCCCGGCCGGGGGAUGGAGCCCCUUGCCCACGUGCCCCUGUGCCUGGCAAGAAGGUGGCCGGUGCUGGCACUGGCAUAUAAUAAAGGGUGAUGUGGCAGUUUUCUAUAAUUAACAUGGAUUAUCUUUGUAAAACAAACGAACAAACAAGCAAACAAGUGGCCCUGGGGUGAGGAGGCAGCAAAGACUGGCCUGCUUCUUCGAGUAUAGGACUCAAUAGGGCCUGGCCAGGCCAGGCACAGGUCUGUCCCCUGGAAGGAUCCCGUGAGUUGAGGGCUGGGAAUGAAACCUGUAGCAUUUGCCCUGCCCUGCUUAGCUUAUGAGUUGUAUGGUUCCUCUCCCACCUACCUCCAAGGUCCACAUACACAGCCAUCCUCAUCCUGGCCACUCCCCUUCAACCUCAGGCCUCCAAGGCUUGUGUACAUAAAAGAAGAGAUUAAAGAGGCCCAAAAGUGUUCUGGCAGUGGCAAGGGCUCUAGACCCAGCCUCAUCACAAAACAACCCCCUUCUGCAUGCAUAUUCACAAGAAUUUUCCUCCUCUAAAGCUUUUUUCCUUUGGGUUUCUUGUUAUUUCAGUUACAUGCAAACAUUUAAUAUUAUUAAGUACUGUUGGGUAGCUUUUGAAUUUGAAGGACUUAGUUCUCUGAAGCUCUGAGCAACUCCCAAUAAUGCAGGCAACUUCUACCCAUCCCCUGCCUCCUCUCCAAUUUUCAGCCCAUAACAUCUCAGAGAAUUGGGGACAUAGCUGAGCCCAUGAGAGCAAAGCCCCUGGGGGACAAAGGAAUGGGCAUGUGGCUCUGGAAAGAGGACCUUCAUGCCGGUGACUGUCCCCCUUGCCCCUGUCCCCAUCCCAGGAGGAAAGGUCUAACUGACUGAGACCGCCCCCUUGUGGAUUCUUUGUGCAGAAGCCAACAGUGUUGCUGAGACUGGGCAGCAGUGGACUGUGGCCCAGUUGUAUGUAGCCUCCUUUGACCUUUAUUUUCUAAGGUCCUAGGCUGGGAGAACAAUGGGGAGGUCUCAGGCAUUUCUUUCAGAAAGCUUCCAGUCUGGUGGGUACAGGAAAUUGGGGAAGGCAGGGCUGAGAAGGGAUCAGAGUAAAAUUUGCUCCUUAAAUACCAUGCUUCAAUCCCUCAAUCAUCUUUCUUUGAGGACCUUGUUGGCAGUAGAUGAGCCCUGCCUUCUUGCACUAUUUCUGUUGUUACAGGGCGGGCACCUUCUACCUGAAGAAUCCUCUUGGGGUCAGGACUUUUCACCCAGUGCAGUUUAGCCAAGACCAGGGCUCUGGCCGGGAGAGACACUGGAGCUAAGGCUCCACCACCUGCACCCACCAUAGGAGUCCCCUUGCUGCUGUCAUCAGAAGCCUGAGGGUAGUCUAGGCAAGGACCCUGCAGAAAUGCCGCAUAUACUUCAAAUGCCCUUGCUUCCCUCCUGAUCAUAACUUUAAUGUUAACUAUUGUUUGAGAUAAUGUUAAAUAAAAAGAGCAGGCACGAAGUUGUAAGUCUGUAUCAGUGAAGGAAAGAGACCAUGAGAACAGUUGUGUUAAAGCAGUAAGGUUCUAUGAUUUCUUAUACUUUUUCACCAAAAAAUAAAAAAUAAUUAAUGUAGUCCUGUCAAGACCUUGAGUGAUAGGGUGAUGCUGCUCCCGACCUCCACUGUUGCUCCUCCAGGUCCGUUGAUCACAAUGGCGUUUACCUGAAGAUACAUAUCGUUACUCCUUGAACUGCCCUUGCCUGGUAGCAAACGCCCAAAGUCUGUUCCAAUGUGCAGACACCUCAUCUCCCUUCCAGUGGGUUAACUUAGUGCCCCGCCCAGCUCCCGCCGGACUACUCAGGCCUGUCUGCAUUCUCUGCACACACCAGAGGUGGGGGGUGAGCCUGACCCUGUUUCCUGGUUUCAGUCAAUUUAGAGAAGAGAGUCCUCACCCAGCCACCAUCCCACCCCCCCCACAAAGACACAAAACAGGCAUAAUGGGAAUUAAAGUAAAGGAGUGUAUGAAGGUUGGGAGGGACAUUGGGCCUUCUCCUACUCAGCAGGAGUUGAGGCUACUCAACAGGUACCCCUCUCUUCAUGGAAUCUGAUAAAUGAGGUCACGAGUGUUUUCAGGUGCACCUCAGCAGAUUACAGUAGGGAUUAGCCAUCAGAGUACUGGUGUUGUGGAAUUAUUCACUCAACCUUAGACUUACUGGACAGCAAGAGUGUGAGGGAAACAGAGAGGAUAUUGGGGAAGGGUUAAAAAAAGGAUUAUAUGGAUAUAGACGGUUUUAGUUUUCAUUAAUGUAGACACACCGCUUUGUGACAAGAUUACUAGCGCUCUAAAAUUUAGAUUUUUAUAGCUUCUGUCAAUGUCUUGUAAAAUGAAUCAAUACAGAGAAGAAUAUGUGUAUCAUAUGCUUUUUUUUAUUAAGGAAAUAAAUAGUAAUUGAGUACUCAAA